CACUAGGCUGUGCGAAACAGACGACAGGGAAAAAUGGGGAAUGAAAAUCACGAGAUGAAAUGACGUAAUUCCAAACGUUUUUUUAACCUUUGUAAGAGUCUAUGACAUUCUGAAAACGCACAGGAGACCAUACAGCACGGAAAGAUGCGUUCUGUUUUAUAUGUGGCUUUUAUUUUCGCGUCGUCGUCCUGUUUUCUGUAUUUUCUCUCCACCGCCCUCCCCAGCCUGGAACAUCGAUCGGACGACAAUGGACUGAGCGAAUCACAAAAUAACACUUCUGAGCUGAAGUUCCCGUCUAACCUGGAGGAGUUGCGGUGGCUGGCUGAGCUGCUACAGAAGUACUGCCACGACCACUGGGACUAUGUCUGGCUCCUGUUCUGUAGUGCCUACCUGUACAAACAGACAUGGGCUAUACCCGGUUCUGUCUUCCUGAAUAUUUUAGCCGGAGCAUUGUUCGGUCCUUGGUUCGGGUUUCCUCUGGUAUGUGUUCUGUCGGCCACGGGUGCCACAUGCUGCUACCUCCUCUCCAAAACCUUCGGGCGUCGUCUCAUUGUGAAGUAUUUUCCCGAAAAAUUACAAAGUCUCCAAUCCGUGGUUGAAGAGAACCUGUCCAGCCUGUUUUUCCUCUUACUGUUCCUGAGACUGUUUCCCAUGACUCCUAACUGGUUCCUCAACAUCUCCUCACCCAUAGUGGGGGUGCCAAUCAUGCAAUUUUUCUUCUCAGUUCUGAUAGGGUUGAUGCCAUACAACUUUGUCUGUGUACAGACUGGAGGGAUUCUGUCCACCAUAAAGUCCAUUGAUGAUGUCUUUAGUGCCAAGAUCAUGAUGCAAAUGUUGGGAGCAGCCCUGGUGGCUCUCAUCCCUGGUAUCUUCCUCAAGUUGUACAAGCCCAAACUUAAGACAAGCUAAAGUGCCCUGAUAUACAUGACAUUGUACACGUACAAUUGCCACAUUGAGGAACACACACACACACACACACACACACACACACACACACACACACACACACACACAAAUACAAACACAUUCAAAUAUUUGGAAACCAUUGCAAUUACUUUGUAUUUUGUAGGUGAUAAUAGUCAAUGCUGCAAACAAAAGCUCACAUACACACUAAAACCCAGAGCAGGUAAGGUGCAGGUAGGUAUAAAGAAUACCUGCACAAUUCCAGUUUAACCAAUUUAUGCAAUCUAAUACCUAAGUGUACACUAUGGCUUGACUUUGACUUGACUUGACAGAUAAUAACAUACGUGUGACACGUCUAACUGACCAAAGUUUUUUUGCAUAUCAAAAAACUCUCAAAAUGGUUCAAUGAAAAUUAGGAAACUGACUCUUCAAAAUCAACAUACCAAGGUAGCUGUAUUAGUUACAACAAGGUUAGACAGAUAUGUAGGCUAGGAUAAUGUGACCAAUGUUAUUUAACAAACUUGUUAAUUGUAUCCAUGGGACAAUACAUAGGGUUUUGUGACAAGUUAUGUCACAGUUGUUGUCAUAUGCUAACAGUGGCAUCAAGCAUUCCAAGUAUACUGUUGAGAUUGUAAAUUUAUAGACAUUUUAUGACUCAGAAUCAUGAAGAAAUAAGUGAAAAUGUGGUUAGUUUGUGGCUGCUUUUAAAGUGAGAGGUGCAUAGAAAAUACCUUUCUUGUAGUUGUGCCAUUUUGUGCAAAAAAUAAAUUUUAUCUUAAGUACCAUGAGAAGGAAACAAGUUUGUCAAUGGAGAAUCUUGGUAGUGCAAUGGGCUGGAAAUUUAUGGUUCCAGGCAAUGUCAUGGUUAUGUACAAUGUACACGACUUGUACAUUCCAGAUAUACUUGUUAAGUUUUGUUGCAACUCUUAACAGUUUGGUUUUUCAUUUUACCUCCGAUGUUAAAUACUUUGCGCACAGUUUUAUUUUAUUCCUUAAGUUGUGACUGUCCAUCAUCAGUGCAAUGUAUAGUUAUUUCACAUUGUCAUUUUAUUGCAAUAUUGAAGAUAACAUAUUCAGACAAUGCUGCUUGUAGUUCCUAAUUUGAUGUAGUUUUAGUUUCAGACCUUGCUUUGGUCACCUUGCUUUGUAUUUUCUUCAGAUGUUUUAUUAAGUUGUGUUGUAUGAUUUAAAUUUUGUUAUUCCUACUUGUCAGGUACAGAAGGAUUUGUCCAUGAUUAGGUCACCUUUGUUUGUUUGUUUUUUUGUUUAUUUUCAAACGCCUUUCACGUGUGUACUGAUACACUGACUGUUUAUUUCACUCAAUAUCAUUCCACUACUUUGCCUCACAUAUUAUCAUUAUCAUCAUCCUCAAUGUAUAUUAUAGUGACCAGUAUAUUAUUGUCCAAGGCUAAACCAUCUAAAACAUUAUUGAUGUAGGUCUUUCUUUAGUUCCUCGCCUUUUUUUUCUUCAGUGGAUUCCCACAUAACAGUCAUCUACUGCUUUGCGCAUCAAAUUAGAUUGUUUAAGAAAUACCUGUGAUUUUGUUGCUGGCAUGCUGCAAAUUUCCUGUAUACAUAUUGUAGUUAAAGGCACCACAUGCAGCCACCAAUUUAAUCAUGGUCUUUUUGUUCGCAAAAAUUGUUGGUGACAGAUACGUUAAUGAAGGUUAGACAUCCAGGUAAUAAGAUACGCCAAAAAACAGCUUUAGGUUAUUCUACAAACCAAUUAGAUACCCACCUUUAAUGUAGUAUUCAUUUGUAGAAAAAAGUUUAAAACUUUUAUUAUCUCUAUUAUAUAUUUUGAAGCAGCUCAUGUGACAUGUAAAACAUGGCAUAGGAGUUAUAAAACAUCUCUGUCUUAUCCAUGUGAUCUAUGUCUUCUAUAACACAAACCCUUGGCAAUCUAGUAAGCAUUUAUAUCCUUUGAAGCAACUCAUGUGACAUAUGAGACAUGCUCUAGGAGUUGCAAAACAUCUGUAUCUUAUGCAUUUCAUCUAAUUAUCUUGUGUAACACAAACCAAUUCCUUGCCAAUAAGCAUUCUAUAUAUUUUGGAGCAGCUCGUGUGACAUACAUGUAUGAAAUAUGAUGCAGCAGUCUUAUCCAUACCAUCUUAGGUAACACAAACCAAUUCCUUGGCAAUCUAAUAAGCCUUCUGUAUCCUUUGAAUUAGCUCAUGUGUAAUUGAAUACAGGAUAAAGAGCAAACAUGUGGUGCUUUUGCCUAGUGACUGUAAUGUGAUUAAUCCUGUUUUUAAUGGGCGUAUAACAAAAUCAAAAAAGAGGGAAAACUAGAAUAGAGAGACAAGACGUUUUUUCACUAUCUGAUCACACAGGAUGUGGAUAUGGCUGAUGUUGUCCCACUCCUCGGUCACAUACAUAAACCUUUUUACCAUGAAUGGAAUUCAAUUUGUGGUAGAAGUGCCGUACGUUUGAGAAAACUGAAGGGCAAUAGUUAAACAUAUAGAACCGUGGUCACAAACGCCUUACUCUCAAGUUACAGUGGUGUAUAUAUUGAAAGAAGGUGAUAGCAUAUGUCUUAUAUACAUAUUGAUAUACUUGUUAUAACUUGCCAGCAAAGUGUAUUAUUUCACUAAUGUUGAUUUUGUAGCCACCAUCUCCUAACAGUGUACAUAUUUGCUUAAUAUGUAAAUUUUGGAGUUAUGCCAUUUUAGAUGGUCUAUGGUGAUUUUGACCAAUGAAUAUAAUAUUAGGAGUAGGACAAAGCCAAUAAUGGUGUGGUUGUACAUGUGUUGCAUCAAAAUCUGUAUGAUGCCCAUUGCACAUGAUGUGUACAUGUACCUGUGUAAGAUGUACAUGGGAAUUCUGACUAAAGUAUAAGUUGUUUUCAGGGAGUGUUAGUCAGAGUUGACAUUUCCUGUAAUUUCCAUGUCAACAUUCUAUUUAUGCGCUGUUUCAGGCACAUAAUCAAAAAAGGAUACAACGAUACGACGACGUUUCAGGGCUUUGAAAGUGUGAUUGGAUAAAAGUUGAACUUAACAUUCAAAUGCCACACCAAUUUUAUUUGCCGUUUCUCAAAUUUCCGGACCCUAUUUUUCCGAUUUGAAAAAAAAAAAGGUUUCAAAUUGAAGCCACACCUCAUAAUUUUUCUUCAAACUUUGAACUUUGCUACCAGGGACCUCUUAAAUGUUGAAAGUUUAGGUUUUCCUGUCCAAUCUCUCCUACCCCGACUUUUUGAAAAUUUUAUAUAUAUUUUUUUUUUGCCAACCGACCCAAUUUUUGAAAAAAUCUGAGAAACAACAAAUGAAAUUGGUGUGGCCUAAUGUCUAUAUGUAUAGGAACAUGCAAGCAAUUCUAACACACUAUCAAAUACUUGGCAUGUUGUGGUAAAAAGCAUAAGGACGUGUAAAGAUGUUCUUCCAAUGUGGAUUUACACAUGUAUGAGGGUUGUUUUCCAAUUCAUCAACCACCCAAGGCUAGGAAACACACCUAUAGUAUUUACUCUCUCAUCCAACUGACUUACAAAUUAAAUCAUGGUGAAGGAAAUUAAUUGUGGCCUUCUCAUAGACUUGCUGUUUUUUAGAUAAGGUUAUGCUGGUGAUAUUCCCACUUUUGAAUGUGCAACAACAUACACUCUUACAUAGGAAUUAAACACUCAACACUGGAAC